AAAAAAAAAAAACAACGGCGCUUCUUUUUAUUUUUGGUUCACAACAGCGCUUCUUUAAUUGAACUGAAGCAUGAAUAAUUGUUUUCAUAAACAAACAAAGACAGAGCAGAAGAAAAACUGAACCUGUAAUUGAAUAUCAGCUAUUCGCCCGCUUGCAAAUCACGCCUGAUGAACACCGAAGAAGUCAUCGAGUUCUUGGGAUGUGUUCCUUUGUUGCAAAGGCUACCCAGUUCUUCUCUCAAGAAAAUCGCUGAAGUUGUCCUUGUUGAACGCUACGAGGAAGGAGAGCAUAUUAUCCGCGAUGGGGAAAUUGGGAAGGGAAUUUAUUUCAUAUGGGAAGGAGAGGUUGAAGUAAAUGGGUCAGUUCAUGCUGAGGAAGAAGAUCGGCCUGAGUUUCAGUUGAAACGAUACGAUUACUUUGGUCAUGGUGUAUCCACAUUAUUUCAGCAGGGAGAUGUAAUUGCUUUGACUAAGCUGACCUGCUUAGUGCUGCCUCAUGAACAUUGCAAUUUACUUGAAACACACUCUAUCUGGAGUGCAAAAAAGACAGAUGAUACAUGCUCACUUGUGGAGAAAAUAUUGCACUUGGAUCCAAUAGAAGUUGAUAUAUUCCAAGGGAUUACUUUGCCAGAUGCUCCAAAAUUUGGGAAGGUUUUUGGAGGACAGUUUAUUGGACAGGCACUGGCUGCAGCGUCAAAAACUGUUGAUUGUCUUAAACUUGUCCAUAGUGUUCAUUGCUAUUUUCUUCUAGUUGGGGAUUCUGACAUGCCGAUUAUAUACCGAGUUCACCGUGUAAGAGAUGGCAACAGCUUUGCGACCAGAAGAGUAGAUGCAAUACAAAAAGGAAAUAUUGUAUUCACAUUGCUUGCUUCUUUUCAAAAAGAAGUAAAGGGGUUUGAACACCAGAAAACUACCAUGCCAUCGGUGACACCUCCGGAAAAGCUUCUGUCAUUGGAAGAGAUACGUGAGAGACGCAAAAUUUAUCCUCGCCUUCCUAGGAGCUACCGAAACAAGGUUGCCACAGCAGAAUUUGUCCCUUGGCCUAUAGAAUUGAGGUUUUGUGAUCCCAACAAUAACACUAAUGAGACUAAAACUCCACCAAGUUUGAAGUAUUGGUUCAGAGCAAGAGGAGAACUUUCAGAUGACCAGGCUUUGCAUAGAUGUGUAGUGGCAUAUACUUCAGAUCUAAUAUUCAGUACAGUUAGUCUGAACCCUCACCGUAAAAAGGGUUUCAAAUCAGCUUCCCUCAGUCUGGACCACUCGAUGUGGUUUCACCGGUCAUUUCGAGCUGAUGACUGGUUGUUGUUUGUUAUCGUAAGCCCUAUUGCUUACAAUGGACGUGGGUUUGCUACAGGAGAUAUUUUCAACAGAAGGGGAGAGCUUGUUGUAACAGUAACUCAAGAGGCUGUACUCAGGACCCUUAAAACCCAGAAUUCAGCAACUGUAUCAAAGUUAUGAACACAAUACAAUACAUAUGUUGAAAUAAGCCGAGCCGUUUUGUUAUUUAUCAGGAUCCAGAUCUCAUUUAUACAAGCUGUUCAUGUCUUGUAAUAGAUUUUGGAUUUUAGGACUGCGGUGUCGAUUGUAGAUUUCCGUCAGUUGGUUUAGGUUGUUAUAAUUUUAUAAAUGCUAUUCACGUAGUGGAAAUUUCAAAUGUUCAA